GGAGUUUCCAUAGAAAUUGAAAGAAACACAGCUAAACCUUGGCUAAAUGGAGCUAGCCAUCGUUUGUUACUUGUACAGCGCAGGCAGUUAAAUAAUAUAAGGCCUUGAAAACAACGACAUGUUAUUAGAUUUAAACCAGGAAUUAGCGGAUAAGGGGGCGCAGACUGCAGAGGAUGUGUUGUUUUGGGAAACAGACGAGAAGGCAGAUUUGGGUCAGGCAUGCCCAGGCGAGAAUGAAAUGGUUGGGAAACUGAUGCGGAAUGACAGGGUUCAUGGUGAAUGAUGGUGGUGAUUAGGAAAGUGGGUGGGGAAAGGGUGUGUUGACAUUAAUCAGGAGUUACACGUUUUAUGUUUGGGUUUACGCCGCUUGAGGAUUCUGGUUUCUCUUAACAGAACAAGGGAGAAAUGCGGCGAGCACAAAGAAAACAGCACUGCGCUGCAAAAGAGAAGCACACUGUCUAUAAAAGUAGCAAAUAUUCCUUUUAAGGAGCGAUGUAUGAGUUUAUAAAACGAAGUGAAUAUUUUAUUUUAAGUACUGUCAUUUAAUGUUUUAUAUAGUUUGUAUAGCUAUAUAAAUUGGCGACAACGAAAUGGCAAACGCUCAAGUGACUUUGGAAGAUUAUUUGGAAUUAUUUAGGUAGAAGUGGACAGUGGUUUUAUCUCUUUAAAAAAUCUAUUUUAUUUUCAGUUUUUUGUAUUCUAUUUUCAAAUACCUAUGUCUCUAGAGACUCACCUAGAAGGGAAAAAGAACCGUCACAGUGUAACCUAUUCUCACCUGACCAGCUGAAUGUUUUAUAUUAAAAGCAAUGCAGAGGUCGAGCAAAGCGAGGAGGACUGAGGACUGUGCAGCAUGGGGGCUUGGUUCGGGCAACACCGCACACAAUUGCAAACAAGACCUUGUUUGUUUGUAAAGCAGUUUUAUUAAUUUGAGUUUUAAAAGAUCAUAUUAAAAUGGCCGACCAAAGCAACAUCCAGUCGGCGGCUUCCAGAAGUAUCCGACCCUUCAAAUCCAGCGAGGAGUACCUGUACGCGAUGAAGGAGGAUUUGGCGGAGUGGCUCAACACGCUGUAUGACUUGGAUGCCCAUGCUGAUGGCUUCAUGGAGGCUCUGGAUACGGGAUGUGUCCUCUGUAGGCACGCCAACAAUGUCAACCGCGCCGCACAGGACUUCCAACUGGAGUACCCGGGGGUUGUCAACUCCAUGCGUGUCCCACAAAAAGACGUGGUUUUUCAGUCCCGAAACGUCGUGCCUGGCUCCUUCCUGGCUCGGGACAACGUGUCCAACUUCAUCACCUGGUGUCGACAGGAGCUGGGAAUUCCUGACGUUCUCAUGUUCGAGACCAACGACCUGGUUUUAAAAAGAAACGAGAAGAAUUUCGUGCUGUGCCUCUUGGAGGUGGCCCGUAGAGGGGCAAAGUUUGGGAUGCUGGCCCCUAUGCUAAUUCAACUAGAGGAGGAGAUUGAGGAGGAGAUUAGGGACCAGGAGAACCAUCAUCUGGGCCCGGGGAAGAUCCCUCUCCAGCUAGGCUACGUGGGGAGCAACUCAGCAGAAGAUCCCUCCUCUGACGCCCCGGUGUACCCCAACUUCCCUCAGAAGAGGGUCUUAUGUGACAUGAGAAAUCUGGAUGAACUGGUGCGCGAGAUCCUGGGGCGCUGCUCCUGUCCUUCGCAGUUUCCAAUGAGCAAGGUUUCCGAAGGGAAGUACAAAGUGGGCGACUCUAGUGCGUUGAUCUUCAUCAGAGUGCUGCGGGCUCAUGUGAUGGUGCGAGUGGGUGGAGGCUGGGACACACUGGAACACUAUCUUGACAAGCAUGACCCCUGCCGUUGUGCAGCCUUCUGUCAUCGCUACCAGCAGUCCAAAGCAGGCGGACUGACCCCCCAGAAAGCCAGCAGUGCUCACUCCUCCCGGGCUACUAGCCCCACCCCACACUGCAGGUCGGAGGUCACGGCCCCGUUCAAGACGCCCGACAGACGGACCCUGGACCCUUCCAGCCUGGGUCGCCAUCCUCGCCCUUUUAUGCAGGCAGAGCCAGGGUCAGGGGAACGCUGCGUCCGCACAGGCAGGACCCCCGCACUACUCGGACACACCAGGGACGGCUCCGAGCCCCGGCACUUCACCCCAUUCAGAUCAAAAGAAUCACUGCCACCAUUGACUCGGAAACUCUCUGGAGAAAGUGACUCCUCAACUGCUUCUUCAAAGGGGAGCCGGGACAGACCCUCUCUCCUGGGGAAACCUGGGGAAGAGAUGAUCCUGCUGGUGAACAGGAGAGAGGGCAAACACGUGAUUGAGAGGCCCGGAGCUAUGCCAGCUCCCUCUGCCCGACUCCCACAGAGCAGAGCGCGGAGCCAGUCACAAGACCGCAGCGCACUGUUGAAACCCCACCUACCACUAGACACCCCCAGACCGGAAGGGAACACAAGGCCAGAUCGACUGCGGUCAUUGGGUCCUGAAAGCCUCAGAAAGACGCUGCCUCCUUCUAUUCAGAGCAGGCCUAAACCAGGAGCUCUUAACAAGGAUAGGCCCGUUGUGACAGCUGUGGACAAAUCAAAAAGCAGAGAAACCCAUCAAACUCAAGCUGAUGGCUUCUGGGAGGACGGGAGAAAAAGUGGGGGCACAGCCUCAAAAUCCAGGGCACAUUCAACACUAAAAUCAGCAGCAGCUACCCUUCCCAGGAAACAGGUUUCUUCCUCUUUAGGUAAAGUCUCCUACAACAGCCAAAACAAGAAGGCCGCAACUCUUAGGCCUGUGGUGUCUAAGUCCCCAGCAGGAAAAAGCAACCUACUGGUCCCAGAGCUGCAGAUAAGCCUCCCCUCUUCGAGGGUGUCGUAUGGCACCCUAAGUCAAGGAGCUUCUAGCGAGUGGCUUGAUGCCAGUUUUGAGCCUGAAGAUGAGAAUCUGGGUAGAACUUUCCCGGUGCUGCCUAGCUUGGACCCGAACCAGGAGAAGGAAAUGUACCAGAGUUUUGAGGCAGAGUUUUUGGCCAACACUCAAAUGGACGCAAACUGGGAGGAUGACUUUGGUGGCCUCCAAAUACAGCCUCAAAAACAGCAGCAGCAGCAACAGCUUCGCUUGGCUGAUCUCAGUGUCACAGAUUCUGCCUAUUCCUCCUCUAACUCCUCCACCUCUUCUCUGAAUGUGGGGAACAAGAUGGGGGUUCUACCUGAUCUCAGGGGUCCGAAGAAGCCUUCUGCCAAACAGGGACCCUGCCCCUCAGAUUACGGGCCAGUAUUAUCAGAACUCCAAGUCAGCGGUCGACACUUAAACUACAAAGACAGGGACCUGUGGGGGAAUCCUUCAGAACCUCCUAUCAACCCAAGAAAGCCUGUUCUAUCCAGCUCAUUGGAGGAUAACCACUUUCUGUCAACCUUAAAUGAUUUGAGGGACAAGGGGAUUUUAAAUUCAAAAGAGCUGAAUUCAAGGGAUUUAAAUCCUAGACAUCUAAAUGCAAGGCAUCAUUUAAAUUCAGCAGGCCUAAAAUCAGAUCAUGCAAAGCUGGACGACCUAAAUGCAAGGGACCUUUUGGAUUCUGGGACCCACAAUGCACGAGGAAUUCCAAAUUUUAGAAAUUCAAGACUGCGCCUGGAUUCGGACGAAAUGAAUGGAGAUGACCUCGUGGACAUUUCAGAGAACCUUGAAUGUGCUUCUGAUCUUGAGGAUGAGGACGAUACCACCCUCCUGCCCACUGAGGUUCGCCGGCUCUCCCUCUCGGAGGACCUGGCCUUCCUCGACUCCUCCAGUGAAGACUCCUCUUCUCAGUACGUAAGCUUGAGCGAGCCCCGCUCGGAGAGUGCACCUCCUCCCCUGUUUCAGACCGUUGAGUCGGAGGUUGUGCUGCACUCCAAGUCCUUGAAGAAGCCUGAGAGAGUGCCCUCCAUCUACAAACUCAAACUCCGGCCCAUAGUUCGACGUCGCACUGACAAUCGCCUGGAAAAGACCCCCUCCCGGAUCCCAACUCCCGUCAGCUACAAGAAGAAUGCUUCAGAGGUGGCCAACUGCCCCCAGAACUCCAAGAGCAAUGGGCAUCCCAAGUGGGGAAUGGACCACAAGUCCAGGAAGGCUCUGUAUCAAGCCUUCACAGAACUCCUAGAUCCCAGAGCCGAGUUUCCCACUGAGGAACAGAAAGGCUGCUCCUCCGAGUCAUUCAGUUUUGAUGAAGAGGCUUAGAUGUGAUGAGCAGGGGAUGUCGAUUGAGACCAGGAUAGAUGGGGUGAAUGUUUGGGAGAGUGUGAUGAGGGUUAGCAUCCUGCCUUCCCCUUUUUGAAUGUAUUUUACACUGGGUCAAAGCAGGUGGUGCUUCAGAGGUAGUCCUGCAAUAGAAAAUAGUAUUUAAAAACAGGAAAAGUUGACUGCUACAUUGUUGGGUCUGAAAAUGACCUGGAUUAGGGGAGAACAUUAUCAGUAUUUGAGCUCUGGAAUUGGGGCCUCCUAUAAUUCUAAAGUGGACACAUCUUCUAAAUGAACACAUGGAGAAAAGCAGGAUGGAAAAAAGCCCAGGCUUUUAAAACCCUUUUACAGAAAAUGGUCUCGACUGACUGCCAGACCUUUUCAAAAUGUGAUCGUCACCAUUCCUAUAAGCCUCAAUAUAGCUCCCUGUGCACUUAAUUUAUUUCCACCAAAAUACUGUAGCCAGCUGUACAUAUUCCUUUAGUGUGGUAGAAUCAUAUUAGGUAUGUGUGUGGGGGGAGUCUAUGUCUGGGCUUUAAAAUAAUGUCUUAACAAACCCUUUUAACUAUCAUUGUGCACUUUGCAAGGACCGGAUGACAGUAUUGCCCUCUAUUUAGCGCUUUAGAAACUGGGUGUAUGUUGGUGGUAUAUCUAAUGUAUAUCUAGAAGAACCCACUUGAAUGGUACCUGGCUUAGUCAGUUACCCAAGGGACUGAUGAGCACAUGUUCUUAACUAAGGGUAACCCAGAGACCUCUCCCAACACCCAAGCAUGAUGUUAAGAGGGUCAAUGCUGAUGAGUUUCGGGUACAGCUUGGAACGAUUUGUGUACCAGCACUACGAACGCUUUAUCAGCUAUUCACUCCGCCUUCAUUCAAAGGCUGUCUGCUGUAACCCAGUCUCUGAUGCAUAGCUCAUAGGCAAUUCAGAGGUUCUGUACUAUACCAUCUCUGAUAUAGUAAGGCUAUUUAUAUAGAACACUCCACCCUCAAUCUAUGCUGUGCUCCUUGUAAAAGGCUGAUAAGCACUAUUAACAUAUUCUAAAGACUAUAGCAAACUGAGUCAACCUUCAGUCUAUCACUCGCCUAAUCUCCAGUGUAUCCAUUUGCAUUAACGUCACUUAAACAGCAUUCCUCUAGCACCUUGUAUCUAAUCACUGGCAGCUUACUGUGGCUUCAGUGUUCUGACAUUUUUCAAACAGAACACUAAGCUAGUGUUAAAAAAAAUACAAUAUUCCAUUACCCCUCCUCCACCCCCCCCCCCCCCCCCAAAAAAAAGCUGCAGCACUUCAUUCUGGGAUGUAAUCUGUUGACAUUAGUCGAUUUUUAGUUAUUUUUUUAAUCAAUUCAAAUGAAAUAUAAUUAAUUAAACACGAAAUUCAAAAGGUCUGCACUUUCAUUCAACACCUUAAAUCAGUUCAGAACAGAUUUUCUGAAACAGUGUUAUUGUCCUUGUACGAUUAUUAUAGAAAACCUUUAUUUUUUAUUGCAUGUUUUUUGGAAGAAUUACUACAAGUAAAGUUCCAUAUUAUGUGUUUAAAAGCAUAUAUAUAUAUAUAUAUACCUACCUACCUUCAGUUUAAAAAGCCCAGAAUAACAAUCACUUAUACAAUUUACAUGCACUAGAUGAAGUCUGCUGUUUGCUGACCACCUGCUGAUUGCUUCUUCUAGAAUAGUCCUUUGUUGAUAUAAAGUAUACCCCCUUGUGGCCAAAUGUAAAAACUAAUGAACAUGUAAGAAGGAAUAUUGCAUCUUUUUAAUGUUUGUUGUACCAGUGAUUACAUAGGACCUUACUUAUCAAGAGAUCCCUGUGUAUAGACCUUAACUGUUAGCUGCUGCUCUUUAUUAUAUUGUACUGUGUAUAUAGAAUAUUAAUAAGAUGUAUAUAUUUAUAUGGUAAGCUAUAUCUCAGCUAUGCAGUACUGCUAUUAACAAUGUUGCCUUGAAUCCCUCUUUGCCUUUCACUGGUGCUCCAGUCUGUCUGUAACCAGGGGUCAGAUGCCACACAGCCAGGGACACUUACCUGAGGCUGCAGAGAGCAGGCAGCAAGCAUGUCACAUGGAACAGCAGGAUAGGAAAGUGAACCAGGGUGAUUGAUGACCCUCUGUGUGAAAAGAUCAGUCUCAAUCUAGAGAUGCAUUCCUUUUUCUCAGCUGUAUCUCUCUGUGUCUCAAGAUUUAACUGGAUUCAGUAUGUACAUUUAUGGUAACUAGGUUCAGCUACCUUUUAAUGUAACACAAUACAAAAAACUGUCUGUCAGCUGUGAUCAAAAGCUGUAACACCUUGAAACAACAUCUACUGUGUUUGAAGUGUGGCGCUUUCUGCUGAACCCUGGUAAGGCUGGAGAACACCUUGUAAAACUCACGCUUUGUUUGCACUUAGAGAGAAAGAAAAAAUCACUACCCCCGGAAAGCAUGUGUCUUAGUUUUCUGAACCAUUUGCUUACUGCUAGUCAAGAGUCAAGACCACGUUUGGUAAACUGCGAAAGCCAUGCGUUUUAUGACUUGCUCCUACAGACACUAAAAGCUGUGUGUGACACAGCUUGUUAAAUUCAGGUUAACUGUGACCCAGGACUGCACUGGGGUUUGAGGAACAUGGUCUGAAAACUCAUACUCUGGGGUUUCUGUUUGUAAUGCACUCAGGGAGUAAAUCCCAUUCUAAUGAUCUCCUAUAAAGAAGCGUUAACGUCUGUGUCCUGGUCUGUAUUGCAUUGCUUACCCUACUGUUCUGUUGAAUCCCAGGUCUUAUCAAUCAGUGAUCCAAGUUCAUGUGAUUGCUGGAGUCUUGUAAUGUUGGCAGGAUUAGGUAGAAUGUAUAGUCAUGGCAACCUUGGGGUCCAAUCACAGUCUGCUUUGGUCAGUAGGUUUGUGUUGACGCUAAAAUAGCAUAGCAGGAAAGUGCCGCUCUAAUUCCUUUUGAAGUCCUAACCCUCUUUAUUGUGAGCUGUCCCAUAAAUACAGCACGUGGCUACUAUUGGAACUGUCUUUUGUAAGGAACACUAGGCUGUUUGAUCGUCCUCUGUGAACUCAGUUUUAUUUGAUUUUAUCUUUUGGUUGUCGGUUAUAUAUGGUUAAGAUGAAUGCAACAACGAACUAUGAUGAACCCCAGUUUUACACCAAAAUAGCAUUUUUAAUAAUAUAUGAGAAAAUUGAAGUCUCUGUUCUCAUAAACACUUCUGAAUCAUUUUAAAUUGAAGUCAGCAUGGCAUUUAAAGGAACGUGUUUCACUGAAACAUGUACAGCUGGUUUGACAGAUCCUAAUUCAGUUCUAAUCUUGGACUGCCUUACCUAAAGUAAGAUUAGUUAUUCCAAGAUGAGUGCUUAUCGGGGUGUGUGGAACCAAAUAACAGUGUUCUGGCAGCAUUAAUCAGCUGCUUCAUGCCAUAUUUUAAAUGAACAUUUUAACACGUUUAGAUCAUUUUCAAAAUACACACUUCGGUUCAAAACACAAACGUUGCGAUAAAUAUGUUUUGUUUGUGACCUUAUUUUAUCCCUUUUUAAAGUCCUGUGUUCACAGUAUUUCAUCUGGGAUGAUGCCUAUAAACACAAAGUAACUCCUAGCUUGCUUUUAUUAGUAGGACUGCAGAACAGUUAUAGUACGAAGAAUUCAGUGAAGUGCUAAAUGCAUUAACUAAGAUCAC